UAUAGUGGAUUUAACAAAAAACCCCUGAAAGAAUGUCUUCUUCAGAUUCCCCAUCUAUAUCAUUUCGAGAAGAAGGAAAUAAAGCAUACAUGUCAGCAAGUAUUCAAGGCCUUAAUCCAACUAUUCAAGCUGAGAGACUGAAAACAGCAAGAAAUUUGUACUAUAGAAGUUACUCAGUGAGUGCAAAUGAGGAUGAGAAGUGUUCAGCAGCAAAAAAUCUGGCAAUCUGUGAGUGGCGAUUAGGAAAAAUUGGCAUCAUGAGAAACGAAAAAACCGAUUCCGUCCUUCAUCAAUUUAAAGAAGCCUUAAAGUAUUAUCAGUAUGCUUAUGUUAAGGGUAGGAGUUCUAAGACUUCAAUGUGGAUGGAAGAUAUCACUUCUAAGUAUGAGGAGUGUUUCAGAGAUUUCGAUGAGUACUUAAACGAAAGCUCCUUUGAGACCAGAAUAAGACACCUAUCACAAAUUGCAGAUUUAAUGUCCAUUUCCAAUAUCCUUGCAACUAUAUAUCUCGAGAUUAUUCAACAUCACUUUCACGAAGGGAUAAACGCAUGGCAAAAAGGAAACGAGUUGAUUUGCCAACAACAUAUGGCACAGUGCCACUUUCCGCUUCAUGAGGCUCGCAAACAUGGACAGUCUUUGAAAGAAGUUCAAAAAGAACUUGAUGUGCUUGAAAACGAUGUUCACAUGUAUUUAAGCAUGACGGAAUCUUUAAAAGCUCGCAAUACAGGAGAUGGGUUAUUGAGAAGAGUGACAGAAGAUUUUGAGACACUGGACAUUAAUUUAGUGUGGGAUAUCAUUGACUGGUACAGACAGUCAAUUUUACUUGCAAAGGAAUUGGAUGUUGAACAAGAAGCCAUCGCUCUAAGUAGAAUCGGAAGGGUGUAUGCAAAGGUUCUCAAAUUUAAGCCACAAGCAAAAGAGUACUUCAGACGUGCACUGCAGUUGGCUGCAGCAAUGAAACCAAGAGUUUUUGUCCAUUGUGACUGGUACAAUGAAUGCGUUGAAACAAUGAAGAAGUACCAAGAAGAAACAAUCAGCCAUGAACAAGAGGUAAAAGACAAGGAGAGACAAAAAGUAAAGGAAGAAAUGAAAGAUGAACUUUUAGAAAUGGAAAAGAAAAACUCCGGAAUGACUAAUGUCCAGUUUUUAAGAUAUAUUUACGAAAAAUACCCUACUGGAAAUACGAUGAAAGUGGAAGAAAAUUCGGAAAGCAUGAAGAAAGCUCUACUGAAGGCAAUCCUCCAUUAUCAUCCCGACAAAGUUAAUACAGAAGAAAAGGGUUUAAAAUGGAAGAUCUUAACAGAAGAAAUAACCAAGUAUCUCAAUGCAAGAUAUGAGCCAUUGAAAUCCACUACUGUGUAA